AUCAGCGUGUAUGGUUUGUUCGGUAAUCGGCCUUUGUUUUUGAAUGUCAUUUACUUUUCCGGCCGUCAUGCCAUGCCUUGCAUGGUAUCUGUGGGUUGCAACAGACCCUUUCAACCUGCCACGAGGCACAAAUUAGACUGACAACAGUGAUUGGCUGUGAUCUUUGGUUGUUCUCGAGUUGAAAUCCUUCCCCCUUCCCGACGUCUCUCCCACAAUUCGCCACAUGGCCUCGUGCCUGUGCGGCGUAGUCAAUCAAUUGGCCAAUGAGUUCAACGACGAGGAAGCCCAAUCUCUGGCGUCUGACCUCAACAAGCAUCUUGGGGCAAUCCAAACCAUUCUCAAAAAAUCCAAAGCACUUUCCCAGAAUGUCCGGUAUCAGGUUGUGCCGACCGAUCAGCGUACUGGCAAGAUACUGUCCAUACGGCACUUGGUCACUACAGAAGUCCGCCAGAUCUGCGACAGACUGGACGAUGAACCAAAUGAGUUCUGGAUGCCGUCUGAUAACUCGACCCAUGCCAAGCUGCAUCGACGCCUGGCAUGUGUCGUGAUCUAUCUCCGUUCCAGCAUGAGAACUCUCGAGCUAGUUCCACCCAGAAUCUCUAGCCUAGUCCAGGGGAUGAAAGUGUCGGAACUUCGCUAUGCUGGGAGAAAAUACCUAAAAAUUGCGCGUAAAGUCGGCAGUAUCGGGUCGAUCCUGUGGCUGCCCCUGGAUGUCCCCGCCUCCACGUAUGAAAGAUACCUUACCAUGGACGACGAGCCGAUACUCGCUCACUUGCAGUCGCUGAUUGUGCAUAUGCCAGACUAUACAGAUUUCGUGCGGCGGGUGGUAGCAAGUCAGCUGGAUGGUUCGUCGCCCUCCCUGCACUGCCUGCCUUCAUUCACCAACUUUCUAAUCACAAUCUCAGACCCAUCGCCUACAAUCUCGCACUACAAUCUCGCGCCUGAACAUGGAGACAUAUUGCAAAGUUCUGACCUGCUCCUUCUGCUGAUUUUUGCACUUGGUGGCAUUGACGUCCCGCGCAAGCUUCUAGAGAGCGUACGGUUUACUAAAAGACGUUGGACGGCUGAAGGUGAGAUCGAAGAACUCACAGCGACUGAUUUCGGCCUCCCCCAUGACAUUGUCUCCCUAUUGUCUCACGAUCUGUACCUCUCUCAGAUAGCCGCUUGUCCAAAUGUCAAGGUUCACAGCCUCGACGACGGCACCGCCGCUUUCUCGAUCAUGCCAGAGGAGAGGGCCGCUCUCUCCAAAGUCCUGAGCCCGCAAACGCAAGAAUACUUCUUCUCCAUUGCUAUCAGAUUGAUUUGCUUUGCCACUCCUCCUCCUCUUGAAGGAAAUACAUCUUGGCCGGUGCCAUUCAAGGAAGCCGUCUGGAUACUUAUGGAGAAACUCACGGAACAACAGCGAGUUACAGCACUUCUCAGGACACAAGUGGUCGACACGCUUUUCUUUUUCGGCGAAAGGGAUUCACUCCCUAGCCGCCGAAUCGCGAUCGAUCGCGCACGUGCGCUGCUUACCGAGUCGAUGCCUUAUUACUUCCACGCAGGUAUGGCUCUUUUUGAGAGCAUUCUCUUACGACUAGAAGGAAACUUGGUCAAAUCUAUAUCCCGAUGCGAAGACUUCCUCUCUACAAGCCCAUCCCCUAGCAAUCGCCUUGAGAAUGCUCUCAGAGGCAGACUUCACAUUUCUCUCAUUGAAUCAAAAAUACAGCGCUACGACCACGACAUAGCCGCGCGUAUCUAUGCAUGGGAAGGGUCACUGCCGUUGUCAUCGUUGGAAAAUGAAGUCACGCGGCGGCUCCAAGGCGCCGCAUCCAGAUUCUUCCAGUCGAUUGGCGAUUUCGCAAAUGCUAAGGCUUCAUUGGAACAGCAUCUGUCGCUAGAAUCUGCAAAACCAAUGCGACACAACACUCGUCUUCUUCUCGUGGGUCGACUUGCAGAAGUGUAUUGCGAACUCGGUCAAUCCCAGAAGGCGCUUGAGCUCCUUCAGCCGGUGUUUGAGAGCAUACCUCAGUCCGAGAGAAAGGGUCGUCCUUACAGACGUCUGCUCCUGGCGUUUGUGGAAGCCAGCAUGAGCAAUGAAGACGCUGAUGCUACUGAGUCGGCGCUCCAAUACCUGGCCGAUAUCGAGCCUCAGGCACUCGAUGAUAUGAAUGAUCAAACGCUCCACAUGCGACGGAUGAUAGCCAAGGCCCGCGCCAUCCACGUGAGACAAAACUACCCACUCGCCCUCGAACAAUGGAAAUUGGUCCUGCAGAGCAUGGGACAAUUACAUAUUUUUCAGUCGAAACAUCCUUGGACAGCGGCUUUGAUUCAUCUUUCCCUGGCCCAUGCUCAAUUGAGCAUCAAUGAUCUGGAAAGCGGCAAGGCAUCAUGGGCCAGGGCUCUGGAGAUCUCAACGGUCGAACCCUGUGAGUACAACAUCAUACCUUUAGUUGCGAAUGUAUGGCUGCCAAAGAUCGUGUCUGAGGUCCACCGUCGUUACGGCUGGCCCUUUCGCAUGAAAGUGCCGGGCGGCAACCCAGAUGCUACAUGGCCUUGAGCGCACGCUCACGAACAAGAAUUCGAGGGAACAGCAGAGCCUGGAGAAUCGUCAGCCGCCGACCGAUGGUCCCCGCACCAGUAAAUAUAUUCACAUAUAUUCACGAGUACUCGGUAGACUUGAGUGGUUUAAUAGACGUGACUAAGAGAGUCACGUGCAUGACACUCUAGGUUAUUAAGUAAUUAAUAUUUGAAUUGAAAGGUGC